CCCCACGAGUGUGUGUGUCCCAACAAACUUCAAUUCUGGAGCCGAACUUCUAACGAAGCUUUCAGCACAUUGAGCUGGAAAACCCCGUGACAAUGGAAGUUCCAGCGAGGCGGCCGUAUAAAGGAUCAUGCCAUUGUGGUGAAACGCAAUACAUCGUGUUCCUGACAUUCCCGCAUACUUUACCACCGCCACGGCCACCGAAAGCGAAUACGCCACGAUCUCACCAAGAGUUCUACAAAUGCAACUGCACCACCUGCCAGAAGGCGGGGUUCUUCCACAUGCGCCUUGCAUCGUCUCCGGAUGACUUCAUGCUGUUGAAGCCUCUCAAUCCGUACGAGGACCUCGGCGACUAUUCAGUUUACCAGAAAGACUUGCACUUUCUCUUUUGCAAGACUUGUGGAAUGAGAUGCAUCAUCUUGAUGGGACAAGGAGAGGUAGCAGAAGUUGACUUGGAGGAAAUGGGGGUCAGAAAUGACAAGAAUGGGUCAGGAAAAGACAGCGUUGAAGGCAGUGCGCUGACCAAAGUCUGGAGGCCCAAGAAAGACGGUUGGAAAGAAGGCAGGAAGUGGGGAAGCUAUCUAAGUGUUAACGGAUACUCUGUCGACGCCGGCCAGGAUGGGUUCGAUCUACGUGAGAUCACGGAGAACAAGUGGGUUGUGUAUCUCGACUGGCUCGAGUUGCAUUCAGAAGGGUCUCAAGGAACUCGAUUUGAUCGGCCUUGGGAGGGCGGUGCUUAUUGAUCUGCGGGGCUAUCACUCUGCCAUUGUAGCACGCCAAAUCAUGUUGGGGAGAGCGCUGUGGGAUGUGAUCACUCUGCCUCUAGCGUCCACGAAACACUGCGACCAGACUUGUAAGAGAGCUUGUCCUCUUGCUUUAUCGUUCAAUGAGCCAUGAUAUACAGCACCUGUUUGAGGGAUUGUGAGAGGCGCAAUUUGUACUGUUGAUCGGCUGCCUUGGUUACACAUCUCCGGUUGGUCGAGUGAGAAUAUCAUUGCGGAAGUCGGCGGUCAGCGCUGGAUUGACUGCAUUAGAGCCCACUAAAGCCGGGCGACAAGCCACUAAACUUCGGCCACGAUGAUAUUGUGAAGCAGCCUCCUCAUUAUCAGUGAAGUCGUG